AUGUCGGCCCGUGGAAAGAUGAAGAAGCGCAUGACCCUGGCAGACAAGCACGCGUUGUGCAAGGAACAGCUCGGUGUGUGUAUUACUGGCGAACUAAUUCGCAAGCAAGCCCAGGCCCAGGCCUAUUGCCGUGAUCUUGACAUUCCGUCGGCCCAAACAAUUAAGUUUUCGAAAGGCUGGCUCUACAAAUUUCAGCAAAGGCAUGGUCUCGCGUGCAAGACCCAACACGGAGAAGCAGGGUCGGUGAAAACAGAAACUGUGCGUCAAGGCCGCAAAGCAAUGUUGAACGUCGCUGGCGCCUACAACGCAAAAAUCGUGUACAACAUGGAUGAAUCCGCAUACUUCUACUGCAUGUCGCCGUAUCGUUCGAUCACCAGAAACCGCGUUCCUGGGUCGAAGAAGUAA